CCCGCAGGUGAGCACAGCCAACCGCGCUAAUCGGAGGCGCGGGGGAAGGAUACCACAGCCACACCGACAUCGCGGGGCUCAGGAGGCCAUGAAGAAGGCCUGGCAGAAAUGGGGCCACAAGAGAGCCCUGGUGCGUGGCCGCCUCGGGGUGCAGCUGCCGGAGGCUUCCAACCUCGUGCGCGUCUUCCUCAGCUCCACCUUCUCGGACAUGCAGACGGAGAGAGACACGCUCCUGGACAAGGCCUACCCCGAGCUGCAGGCCUUCUGCCAAGAGCGGGGCCUCACCUUCGAGGUGGUAGACAUGCGCUGGGGAGUACGUGACACGGUGGCGGUGGACCACAUGACCACGGAGCUUUGUCUGCGGGAGAUCGAGAGCUGCCAGAAGACGUCUGUGGGCCCCACCUUCGUGGCCCUGCUGGGGAACCGCUACGGCUACCGACCGCUCCCGCGCACCAUCCCCGAGGCGGAGAUGGAGGCGCUGCGCGGCUGCUCGACCCGCGAGGAGACGGAGCAGCUGGACGCGUGGUUCUGGCGGGACGCCAACGCGGAGCCGCCGCUCUUCCUGCUCCAGCCAAUCACCGCCCUGCUGCCGCACUUCGACGACCAGGACCCCUCGCGGGCCGAGUUACAGGCGCGGGACGCGGCGCUCUGGAGAGACGCGGAGUCCCGCCUCUCGGACAUCCUGAGACGCAGCGCGGGUGCCGCCAUGCGCAAGGGUCUCCUCUCCGCAGAGAGAUACCACGCGUACCUCUGCUCAGUCACCGAGGCGGAGAUAGAGAUGGGCGUGCUGAGCCCCCCCCCGCCGGCACGGGGCGGGGGGGGCGCCCCCAACCCCCCCACCCGCCCCCACCGUGCGGCCGAGUGUUGCUCCGUGUUCGUGCGCGAGGCCCGCGGGGUGGCCGCGUGCGUGCCCGCGAGCGAGCGCGCCCGCGUCUUCGUGGACGCCGAGCGCGGCCCCGACGGGGCCUUCCGCGUCGACGCCGAGGCGCAGGCGCUGCUGCGCUCGCUCAAGCGCCGACUGCGAGCGCACGGCAGUGGCGGCGGCGUCCGGGGCCCCCCGGCGGGAUCCGAGAACGCCCCCCGCGCCCGCCUCGUGGUGUACCAGGUGGAGUGGAGCGAGGGCAUGGUGGACUCGGCCGUGGAGUCGCACCGCCGCUACCUGGACAGCGUCUGCCGCACGUUCACCGCGGAGCUGAAGCGGCAGAUCACGCGGUGCGUGGAGGCGGCGCGGCGGGCGCAGGCGCCGGACGACCGCCUGCUGCAGGAGCUGGGACACCACGCGGCGCAGUGCGAGCGCAAGUCCCGGGGCCUGUGCGGCCGCGCGGCGCUGAUGGCCACGCUGUGGUCACGUUUGCACGAUCGGCGGCGCGCAGCCGGAGGACAUUCCCCGGUGGUGGUGUUCGGACCGUCGGGCACCGGCAAGACGUCGGUGCUGGCCGAGUUGGUGCGCCAGGCGCCCGAGCAGCUGGGCGAGGAGGUGGUGGUGGCGGCGCGCCUGCUGGGGACGUCGCCGCUCAGCUCGGACAUCCACGCGGUGCUGCGGGGCCUCUGCCUGCAGCUGUGCCUCGCCUACGAGCGCGAGCGGCCGCCUGCACACGUGCUCAACGUCUACGCGGACACCGUGCGGUUCUUCCACCGGCUUCUGACGAGCUUGGGCGAGCAGCCGCAGGCGCCGCCGCUGCUGCUGGUGCUGGACUCGCUGGACCAGCUGUCGGGCGCGGACGGUGCCCACCGCCUGCACUGGCUGCCCAAGCGCUACGCGGCGAGCGUGCUCGUGGUCGUCUCCACGCUGCCCAGCGAGCACGGCAUCCUGGACGCGCUGCGCGCCGCCGUGCACGACGCGGCCGCGUACCUCGAGGUCGAGCCUCUGAUGCCGGAGAACGGCGGCGAGAUGAUGGAUGGGCUCCUGCGGGCGGCGGGCCGCACGCUGGCGGGCGAGCAGCGCGCCCUGCUGCUCUCGGCGUUCGCCCGCUGCGGGCAGCCGCUCUUCGUGCGCCUGGCGUUCGACGAGGCGCGCCGCUGGCGCUCGUUCGCGCCGCUCGGCCUCGAGCUGCGCGGCCGCGUGGCGAGCGACACGAGGGAGGCGGUGCACGCGCUGUACGCGCGCCUCGAGGCGCAGCACGGGCGCGCGCUCGUGGCCCACGCGCUGGGCUUCGUGGUGGCCUCCAGGAGCGGCCUCUCGGAGCUGGAGCUCAAGGACUGCCUCUCGCUGGACGACGCGGUGCUGGCCGACGUCUACCAGUACUGGUCUCCGCCCAACCGCGACAUGGUGCGCCUGCCGCCUCUGCUGUGGACGCGCCUGCGCCACGACCUCGCCGACUACCUGGUGGACCGGCAGGCGGACGGGCACACCGUCAUCGCGCUCUACCACAGGCAGUUUGUGGAGGCGGUGCUGGAGCGCUACCUGCAGGGCGAGGAGCGCCGCCUGCUGCACCAGACGCUCGCCGACUACUUUAGCGGCAGCUGGGCCGGGGGCCGGCGCAAGACGAUCCACCUGAGCCAGCGCGGGGAGGUGCUGCACGCGGACCGCAAGGUCGCCGCCCAGCCGCUACGAUUUGGCGAGGACAAGGUGAACCUGCGCAAGCUGAGCGAGCUGCCGUUCCACCUGGCGCACGCGGGGCGCCACCAGCAGCUGCGGGAGGAGAUAUUCGGCAGCGUGGAGUGGCUGUCGCUGAAGCUGAGCGCGCUGGGCGUGAAGGCGCUGCUGGAGGACUUUGCCCUGGCGCUGGAGCUGCAGCCGUGCGCCGAGACGCAGCUGGUGCACGACGCCGUGCUGCUCAUCCGGCCCACGCUCGAGUUCAUGGAGAACGGCGUCGACGAGUCGGUCUUCUUCGUCGAGCUGCUGGCUCGCCUCGAGUACUUCGAGCGGCAGUACCCGGCCAUGGUGGGGCGGCUGUGCGCGCAGUGCCGCCAGCUGUGCCAGACGCGGCCGGAGCCCAUCCUGCUGCCGCUCUCGGGCUGCCUGCAGCCUCCGGGAGGGCCUCUCCGCACCACGCUCACGGGCUUCGGCCAGGGCGUCUCGGUGCUGGCUCUGAGCGCCAGCGGGAGGGUGAUGGCCGCGGGCUCUCUGGACGGCACCAUCAUCGUGUGGGACCUACAGGAGGACGAGGCCACCCACACGCUCGCCGGGCACGCGGGCGAAGUGCUGUCCUUGGUGCUGGGCCGCCGGGCCGACCUGCUGGUGUCGUUCGGGCGUGACUCGACGGCGCGCGUGUGGAGCCUCGUCACGGGGAAGCAGGUGACGCUCGUGUCCACGGCGCCCGCCGGCCCCAACGGCCCCAACGGUCCCAGCGGCCCCAGCGGCUCCCCAGGCCCCACCGGCCCCGCCGGCCCCACCGCCGCCGCCGCCGCCACCUCAGGCAAGGAGGAGGAGGAGGAGGUGUCGUACAGCCUCAUCGUUGUGAGCGAGGAGCGGGAGGAGUUCCACCUCUUCACUAACUCCACGCUCCGCUCGUUCUCCCUGUGGAGCGGAGCGCCGCUCCUAUCGGAGCCGCUGGGCGGCCCGUCGCGCUGCCACGCGCUCGGCGGGGACGGCGAGGGCGCCGUGGCGGUGGUGACCGCGGCAGCGGGCGGCGGCGACGGCGGCGUGCGCGUGAGCCUCGUGGAGCCGGGCGCCGGCUUGCUGAAGCGGCGUCUGGACGCGUGGGUGCCGGGGCCGGCGGGCCCUGCGGGGCGCCCCGUGUGCGUGGCCGUGGCCGGGCGCGGCCUCCUCCUGGCCGGCUUGGCCGGUGGCACGCUUGUCACGGUGUCGCUGGAGGACGGCGGUAGCUGCCGGGGCACCGAGGCGCUGGGAGCCGAGCCCAGGUUCAUUGCCGUGAGCCCCGACUGCACGCUCGCCGCCGUCGGAGUGGACAAGCGCGUGUGCGUGUUCGACCUGCGGGGCGCCGGCGAGGCCCCCGCGCGCCGCGCCGUCGAGCCGCGCCACCAGGACCGCGUGGAGGCCGCCGUCUUCUCGGGCUGCACGGCCCUCAUCAGCGCCUCGCUGGACGAGACCAUCAAGGUGUGGGACCUGCGGGACGGGCUCUCGCUGCGCGAGUGCAUUGAGGGGAUGGGCAUGGCCGUCACGGCGCUGUGCCUCGCCGCCGACGGAAUCUUGGUGUCGGCGUCGCGCCAGGCUUACUACCUCAAGGUGUGGGACGUGGGUGAGAGGCGCCUGCGUGGCGGGGACCCCGGGGGCGGCAGCGCCGGGGGGCUCCUGAGCCCCCCGUUCCACGACCGCAGCGGCCUCGUGGCCCUCACGGUAGACGCGGCCACCGUGGUGCUGCAGGACAUGGAGGAGGCGUCGCGAGUUGUCCUGUGGGACACGCGCACAGGAGCGCCGCGCCAGCUCGUGAGCUGCCCGGCGCACGUGACGAGCGUGGAGUGUGCGCGGGGUCGCGACCUCAUCCUCGUCGGCCUCAGCUCAGGCCUCGUGCUGGCGCUCACUCCACAGCUGGACUCCGCGGAGAGCGCCGGAGAGGGGGCCGUGCCCCCCGCCGACGCGCCGUGGGCCGUGGCGGCCGAGCUGGGGGUGGCCGGGGCGGUGAGUGUCACGUGCUUGGCGCUGGGGGACGGGGACUCGCGCCUGGCCGUGGGCCUCUCUUCCAACCGCGUCGCCGUGCACUGCACAAAGACGUGGCGCCGCGAGUGCGUGCUGCAGGCACCGUGCCGCGGGGCUCUGAGCGCCGUGGCGCUGCUGCCCGGGCUGGCCGGCGCAAUGUGGGGCAGCGACUCGGGGCAGCUGGGCAUCGCGCUGCGGGGACCGCCCGUGCCCGCCGGCACAGGCGACCGGGAGCCGGCGGCGUCGGUCCCCGAGGGAUCGUCCCGGACCAAGGACCGCGCUGACGACGACGGCGGCGGCGGCGGCGGCGUAGGAGACGGCGGAGAGCGUUGCGUGGAGCUGGAGGGCUACGGCACGCGCGUCUCGUGCGUGCUGCUGAGCCCCGGCGGGCGAUAUGCCUUCGCGGGCUGCGAUGGGACGCUGCAGCGGCUGUGGUGCGCGCGCACCUGGCAGGUGCUGCACGAGUACACGUACCAGGGAGCUUUCUACCAGGGCGUCACCUCUGCCGCCUUCUCCCCCGAGGAGCGGUUCCUGUUCACCGGCUCGCGCGACCGCUCCAUCAAGGUGUGGUGCGUCGUGACUGGCAUCCUGCUGAAGGUGCAGUACGUGUACGCGACGGUGACGCGCUUGGUCGCCAUGGAGACGCGGGGAGGGCCCUCGGGCGAGGAACUGGGGCCCGAGGCGCGGCCGGCGUGGGCCUGCGUGGUGCUGGCCUGCACGCGCCUCGGAUACGUCCUGCGUCUCGAGUUCCGCUGCCCCCCGCGCCUCGCCCUGGGGUACGACCCCCUGCGCUACAUCAAAGCGUCGUCCAGCGUGCGCUCCUGCAGGCCCAGCGCCCCGGGCGGCGCGUGCCGGGAGCAGCCGGAGGCCGCCGCGCGGGCCGAGUGGACGCGGGGGCUGCAGGAUGAGGACGGCGGCGACGGCGGCGUUGGGGCCGCGGGGACCACGAGGGGGCAGGAGGAGGCCACGGGGCCGGGCAGACGCGGCGGCUCGUCGCGCACCUGCGCCUUGCUCUGAGCCGUCACGUAGGGGGCACGUCGUCUGUGACGUCACCACGCUGCGUCGUCACGCGGUUUUCUGGUCUUUUCGCCUCGCCGGGAGAGCGGGCGACUCGCAACCGGAGUUUGAAUAUUACUGAGACCGGAGGAAUCCGAUGAGCUGUGAAGCUCUUGUUCACAGAGGGUCCAGUGGGGGCACGGCGGUCAGAACGUCACAACAACAAACACGAGACUCACAAACACGAUUAGAGUGCAGAGUAUAGGAAAGGAAGUUGCCGACUUCAAAUCCUGGCUGGAAAGUUAACACAGCCCAUCGUCCCUCUGGGGUAGAUAAAAAUGAGUCACUGGUUUGUAGUGGCUGUCCUAUGGUUAGACUUGCCCCGCCACAGGAAUGAGGAAUUUCCACCACUGGCUCAGAGCUGCGAACAGGAGAUCAGUACCAUCACAAUGCUCAUUUCAGCAGGAAAAUCACCAUCUCUUGUAAUUUAAUUCCACUUUUAACUGAUAUCUAAAAUGAUGUGCCCCAAAGUAACUCUCGAGUCAUCCGUGAUCCAAAUUGCGCGAGACACCGGGUACAUCCAUCGUUAGCAUCUCAUCGCAUCCCCUCGGGUCGUUGCUGAUUUAUAUUUUUAUAUUUGUCUAGAAUGUGUAAUGUGUAAUACCCAUGCAAGAUAAUUAUUCGGUGGCGCAGAAAAUCAAUCGACAGCCAACAGUCUGCCCAAGCUCUGCCGGUCCUACACUUGUUUGGAUGUUUGGACAAACCCCCGUUAACGAGCGCUCAUACUUGUGGCAAUAAACCGGAGUUCCCGGAGACAACUCACGCAGUGUGACGGGGGGAGGGAGGUUAGUAACACUCAACCUCCCGUAGCAAGAGGGAAAUGAACCCACUUGCUGUACUGCCCUCGCACCCUGGGCCAUCAGUCGGGGAGAAGAUGGGGGACCAUCGACGCGCCCGGGCGUUGGAGGGGAGUUCCGCGCAGUGCGCGCGCCCGAUCCACCAGCGCUCGCUGGCCUCGUUCCGCUUCCAAACUCGUGGUUGGAUAAGAACACAAAUUCUGUCAGAUCACGGGAAUGAACCCAUGCCUGUGUAGUGUCGUGCGUCUCCUCUUCCUUCUCUUGCUCGAGGCUUGCGUGCGAGUGGCGUGCGUCGCACACACGCACACGCACUCACACACACACACGCGCACACACACGCACGCACACGCACGCACGCGCACACACACACGCACGCACGCGCACACACGCGUGCACACGCACGCCCACACAC